GGCCCGCCUCUUCCGGCUUCACCGGCCGGCCGGCCGGGCAGGUGCGGCAGGUCCCGGAAAAUGGGGCUGGAGCGGAAGCAGCCCGGCGGAGCGGCCGCACUGUCUCUGCUCCUCUUGGCGGUUGCCAGAGUCCACCUGCUGGAGAUCCAGGCCGCUGCCCAAGUUCGCGCGUUUGUGGGCGAGCCGGUGACCCUCAAGUGCCGGUUCAAAUCCUCCGCUCCGGUCACAGAGAAGCUCACCAUCGACUGGACCUACCGGCCUCUUGCCGGGGGAAACUUGGAACCGGUCUUCCACUACCAGUCCGGUGCCUACCCAGCCAAGAGAGGGAGCUUCCAGGAGAGAGUUUCUUGGGCUGGCGAUGUGUCCAAGCAGGAUGCUUCCAUUAUGAUCUGGAACCCAACCCUGGAGGAUAACGGGACAUUCACCUGUACUGUGAAGAAUCCCCCUGAUGUGCAGCACAACAUCCCUCAAACCCUGCUGACCGUCAGUCGGAGAGGUCCCUCCUUCCAGCUGACCUCAUCUGGACUGCUUUCCAUCCUGGUCUUUCUUCCCUCUGGCAUUGUGGUGGUUCUGCUGCUGGUUCGGAUGAAUCAGAAAUCUGGGUUGAUGAAACCAAGUAGGCAGCUUGGUUGCAAGAAGUCCUCCAUCGAAGCCUCCAUCGAAGAACCUGAGCAAAGGGGCUGCAGGGAGCGGCUGGUUAGCUGUUGUUUGCAGUGCCUGGUAAGCCAAAAGGACACCGAGGAGGAGGAGGAGGAGGAGGAGGAGCCAUACUGAUGCUGACGGAGGGAGGGAGAAAGAGUCGCUUUUGCAGCGCUACUAAGAUCCGGCUCUGGAAGUGUCCAAUGAAUGGAACUUUUCCUGGAGUAAAAUGAUCGGAUUUCAUUCCAUUAUAGAAAUUAUCCUGAUUUGAUAUUUUCUCUUUUCUAGCCUUUCUCUUGCCCUGUGAAUAGGCCUGGAAGAGCGGGUAGUGGAGGGUCUAUCUGGCAGCUAGGCUCCUUCUCUUUCUUCAUGAGCUUCUGCUCAUGAAAUGUGAGGACAGUCCCAAGCCCUUCCCUGGGCUCUUUCUGUCCUGAGAAACCACCCAUGUCAUUUGAGCUCACUGCUGGAAGAG